CAUAUGGAAAUUAUGUUGACUCGUUUAACUAAAGAGUUAUUGUAGAUGGUGAUCAACAUAACUUCUCAAAAUGAAAUAAAUCAGUAAUAAUAAUAAUUAUAGUGUUCACAACAUCUAAAAAAUUGAGUAUUUUAAUAACAUAACGUUCAUAUUUCAUCACAUUAAAAAAACAAURAAUCAGUCUGGGUGGAAGGAUGCUGCAUGUCCAUUUCCGGGGCAGCUGUCUUUCUGCGCUCAAACUUUUCCCUCUGAAGAGUUUCGGAAGCUGUGCGCUCCUCCCCAGUUUCAGUUUGGUGAAGAAAAAAAAAAAUCAACCCCAAAAAAAAUGGCAUAAGUUCCAAUGGGGAAGUCUCGUGUUCGCUGGUUUUGGUUUCUUUUUCUGAAACUAAGCAACAACUUUCGGAGGUGUUCUCCUUUCCGAAGAAGCUUGAUCAUCAUGGUUGCGUGUGUUGUCUACUUGUUUGUCGUGUUUUCACAAGUGGGACUGUCGCAGCGUCACCCGAGCAGCAGAGCUGAUGAGGACGAGCAGCAGCGGCGCGCCCGCGGAUCGCACAAGUUGGGGAUGAUGAACCGCGGCGCGCCAGACGCCGCUGCCGCCGCCGCCGACUCUCGGAACCGCGCGAGCUCUGUGGGUCCAACACGGGCCAACGUGGUGUACAUAACUCUAAAAUCUAAACGUCUGAAACCAGCUCACAUACGAGGCACAAUCCGACCUAAACUGAGGAAAAAAGCGCGGAGAAAAAAGUCCAAGCCGCGCGUUACGCACAAACUGGGCACGGCGGAGCAUUACGCAGGCCAGAAUCACUUUGGAGUUGAGACGUCCUGGAAACAAACUCCUCACGAAGAUUAUAAAUCGCUGAAUAUAAUCCCUAAUGAUGGAGCAGACUCUCAGAUUAGUUCCAUCAGAAUUUACAGCCAAAUGACACCCCCUUGGUUCAGCGCGCAGGACCUGAAAACGAUGCGCUUUCUUGCUGAUGCCAAAGUUUUGCGCGUGAGAAAAGUUACCCUUGGAGACGCUCUUCUGAUAUUUGAGGGUGAAGCCUCGGUCCCUCUGACCAACCAGAACCACUCCAACAAGAGCAGUGUUUGUGGAGGGCAGUGUGGAGUUAUCCACAGCUCUGUGGACAACUCGGAGGUUUUUGCUUUCCAUUUGGACAGAGUGCUCGGACUGAACAGGACUCUGCCGGUGGUCAGCAGAAAGUUCAGCUUUUUGCAAGGCCCGUCCUGCCCAGUGGUGUCAUGGGAUGCGUCGCUGUACCCAGAAAUCCUUGCUGCAGGCCCGUUGRCUGUGAGGUUAACAUGGAGGCAGUACCAGAACUCUCUGACACAGAGGUGUUGGCAUAAGAACAUUAAGCCGAAGCCAGACUCCGGCUGCUCCACCAUCCAUCACUACGAAUGGAGCAAAGUAGCGCUAUUUGACUUCCUGCUGCAGAUUCACAGUCGUCUGGAUCAGAGCUGCUGUGGAUUCAGGCCUCGGCGGGAGGACGUGUGCGAUGAAGUGGGCCCGCGGGCUUCCUGUAAGAACCUGGACAAUAUAAAACUGGYAAACAUCAUCCAUAGGAGUCAUGACCUCAGGCACCUGGUGUUCAUGAACAACAAGGGAUUCUUUGACCGCAAUGAGGACAACUUGGACUUCAUGUUGCUGGAGGGAAUCAAGGAGCUUCCAGAGGAGGCCGUGUCUGUGCUGAGGAGCAGGAAGCUGAGGGAGAAACUUCUCCAGUCGCUCUUCCUGGAUCAGUUUUACUGGGAGAGCCAGGGAGGCCGAGCGGGCGUCGACAAGCUGAUCGAUGUCGUCGAGAAACGAGCCGAGGUUCUCCUCACCUACAUCAACGCGCAUGGGGUCCGAGUGGUCCCGAUGAAUGACUGAUGAGUUCUACUAAUGGGGGGGCUUCAAUUCCUCUUUCAUAUCUGUCUCCUGUCAAAAUGUCAAAGGGAAAGUGGUGCUUAUUGUCCGGUCUGGGUCGAUUCUUACUCUGUUUAGCUCAUUUUCCUUUKUUUUCUGACUUUGACAGAAAAGUAUUUUGUGGAAUAUUUCUCAGUGUUGUUCAAGGAGACAGCUGACAUUUUGUCCAGCGUUUGAACAACACCUGCGUUUUUGUGGCAAGUUAGAAGUUGUGUUGUUUGUGGUGGAAACUCGCCCCUGAGCGUUUAACGUGCUGUGCAGAGGAACCCUUCUCUCACACUGUUUGUGUACAUGUGCAAUCGCAUAAAAACACACAGGAACAAAAGACUGUGUGAAAAAAACUGGAUCGCACUGAAAGAAAGGCAGGCUUGAGAAGCUGGACUUCUCUUGACUUGUUGCACUCAACUCUAUAGGUAAUUGUUAAAAUCAAAGAAAGAAAACACAGCUUCAAGCUGACAAAUAAGCCUUUAGAUUCUCAAAUAUGAGAGAAACUGUAUUUUUUUAUUGUGACAUUAUAAUUUAAUCGGAACCAAAUAUCCAUAAAAUUUGAAAGUGAUGCAUUGUCAAAACUGGAGAAGGACAAUUCAGACACCUUCCACUCAAACAUGAGGAAAAACAAGAACUGGAUCAUGUGUUUACACCAAAAAUGCUCUCAUUUCUGAAACCACUUUACAAAAACAAUGUUUUUGUAAAUAUGUGGUGAGUUCUCGGUUGUGCCAAGUGUGCCUCCCAGGAUGUUUUCGCCUCCCACUGCGAUGAUUUUACAUCAAUAAGAGUCUGGGUUCUCUCAAAGAUGUAAGCUUUGUUAGAGAGGGGAGCAAUGAAACUGAUCCUGUUUGUUUCCAUGUGAGUUCUUUUAUUUUUAUCUGCAAAAUCCACCUUUUUUUAGCUGUUAAAUACAUU